AAGGGCUUUCACUACUUUUUUUUUCUUUCUUUUUUAAUCAUGUCAUUGACCACAGACCACGUACAGAGGAAGAGAAUCCCGCGUGCACUUUCCUCCAAAAUUUCUUUUAUCCACGCAAAUGCUGAGGUUUCCGUGGCGAGUGGGUGUGGGACCCUUUCUUUCUCUUCCACUACCACCAAAUCUUUUACAUCUCUACAAAAUGCUACCUCCACAUCCGCUCUUUAUCUCCUCAGAUCAUCCUCAAAGCUAAACCUCAAAAUCCGAAGAAACCCAGUUCAUUUAUUAAUGAUUUCGCUUUCAAUUCACUUACUUGAUUAACAUUCUACUUUUGAAACCAUUUCUCUUGACCCGAAUCUGUCGUGAACGAUUCUCCUUUUCUAUUGCAGUUUUAAUUGAAUUCUGAUGUUCCAUAUCUGGGUUUUCGUUUUCUCAUAGAAAUUUAGACAUUUGUGGAGUUUAAUCAGGCCUCUUCUGAUGUUCCAUAUCUGGGUUUUCGUUUUCUGAUAGAAAUUUAGACAUUUGUGGAGUUUAAUCAGGCCUCUUCUGAUGUUCCAUAUGUGGGUUUCCGUUUUCUCAUAGAGAUUUUGAAAUUUAUGGAGUUUAAUCAGGCCUCUUCUAAUCCGAAGCUAUCCAGGAUAUGUUCUUGGUGAUUUGGGUUUUCUUUAAAGGCUGUAAUUUCGUGGAUAUUUCAAUCUGGUAAGGACUUUGUAUCAUAGGAUUAGUAGCAUUUUGUUCAGCUGUGGAUGAUGGUAUUGCUUUAGUAAGGAAAACACUAUUCUUGCUUAGAUUGGUUAGUGUUUGUGUUAGCCAAUCUGGCCCUGAAUUCAUGUUUACCAGUCUAUUGUGUGUGAAUUGGAAAGCCCGAUUUUUGCUUGGGGCUUUCAGUUUCUGUAGUUUAAAUGAUUUUGCAAUCAGCUGUAUCGCAAAUUUGCUGGGUUUCGCCUUCUGUUUGUCCUUGCAAGAUAGACAGGGUUCGAGGUGGAAGUGGAAAGGGAAGGAAUUCUAGGUUAAAUGGGUGCUCCGGCAAAGGGGUAUUUGUCAAAGUUGUUUCUAAUGGUGGUUUUGGAAGAAAAUGGAUGUCUAGAGCAUGCUUGCUUCCUGGUGAUAGUGGGAACCCAAACUUGAAUUUUGAAUUUCGCAAUUCAGCUAGGAAGGGUGUGAAAUCUUUGGUUGCGAAGCAAUUAUCAGAUGAGUUGGAACAAGGGCAACUGGAGCAGGAGCCAAUGCAAAUGGCAUCAAACUUUACUGGUUUCCAAGAAGAUCCUUUGGUGGAUAAGCUCAGGACUCAGCUAGGCGUAAUUCACCCAAUUCCUGCACCUCCAAUAAAUAGGAACGUUGCAGGUCUUUUUGUGUUCUUUUUCUUUGUUGGGGUUGUUUUUGAUAAAGUUUGGACUUCGAGGAGGAGAGAUAAAUCAGGGCGUAAUUCUCAGCCUGGUACAUGGCCUCAAGUGCCUACAAGCUUUUCAUUGUUCCUUGAGAAGGAUCUACAAAGGAAAGAGUCUGUCGAAUGGGUGAACAUGGUUUUGGGAAAACUAUGGAAGGUCUACAGAGCAGGAAUUGAGAAUUGGCUCAUUGGAUUGCUUCAGCCUGUUAUUGACAACCUGAAGAAACCUGACUAUGUGGAAAGAGUUGAAAUAAAGCAGUUCUCACUAGGGGAGGAACCAUUGUCGGUCCGGAAUGUUGAGCGUAGAACUUCUCGCCGUGUUAAUGAUUUGCAGUACCAGAUAGGCCUCCGAUAUACAGGUGGUGCUCGGAUGUUGUUAAUGCUCUCGCUGAAGUUUGGCGUUGUCCCCAUAACUGUGCCAGUUCGUGUUCGGGAUUUUGAUAUUGAUGGGGAACUAUGGGUCAAACUGCGGCUGAUACCAUCAGAGCCAUGGGUGGGUGCAGUCUCAUGGGCAUUUGUCUCACUUCCAAAGAUAAAGUUUGAGUUAUCACCAUUUCGUCUCUUCAAUCUUAUGGCAAUUCCUGUUCUUUCAAUGUUCUUGACUAAACUUUUGACAGAGGAUCUGCCUCGGCUCUUUGUACGUCCGAAGAAGAUUGUCCUUGAUAUCCAGAAGGGGAAAGCAGUUGGUCCUAUUCCAAAUUAUUUCAGAACUGGAGAAAUUCAGGAAGGAAACAAAGAUUUUGUUGGAGAACUAUCAGUGACUCUUGUAGAUGCUCAAAAGCUUGCCUAUGUUUUCUUCGGAAAGACAGAUCCUUAUGUUGUUCUAAGCUUGGGGGAUCAAUUAAUCCGUAGUAAAAAGAACAGUCAGACCACUGUCAUUGGGCCACCUGGAGAGCCAAUUUGGAAUCAGGAUUUUCAUAUGCUUGUCGCAAAUCCGAGAAAACAGAAAUUGUACAUUCAAGUGAAGGAUUCCCUUGGGUUCACAGAUUUGACCAUAGGUACAGGGGAGGUUGAGCUAGGAUCUCUUCAAGACACUGUGCCGACCGACAGAAUUGUUGCACUGCAAGGAGGUUGGGGAGUUUUCAGAAGGGGAUCUUCUGGAGAAAUAUUACUUCGACUAACAUAUAAAGCAUAUGUUGAGGAUGAAGAGGAUGACGGGACUGAGGCAGAGUCCAUAGACACAGAUGCUUCUGAUGAUGAGAUGUCAGACACUGAUGAAGCAGAUGUGUCGUCCGAACGGCGCCAAUGGGAAUCCUUAGAGGGGAUGGAAAAAGAGCCCUUUAUGGAUGUAUUAGCAGCUUUGCUCGUUAGUGAAGAAUUUCAAGGGAUAGUGUCCUCUGAAACAGGGAACCCCAAGCUUUAUGAAAAUGCUACAAACCCAGAAUUAAUUGCAUCAAGAUCAGGUGGUCGUACUGCCAACUCGGAUGGUGGUUCUGGAUCUGCUUUAGUAUGGCUUACAGUGAUUACAAGUGUAGCAGUUCUAAUAGCUAUCAAUGUUGGUGGUUCGAGCUUCUUCAAUCCAUGAUGGGCUCCCUAUGCACUUUGGAAGAACCUUUCUUCAGUGUUCUACUGGACUAGAUUGAGAUGAAAUCUCACUUGUAGCAGGAUUUGAAGACACAACUUGGUUGCAUUCACUACCAACUGUAUCUAUCCUUCAUCCAUUUUAUGUAGAGUCAUAUGGUUACUGGUAGUGGAAUUUGUUCCACGGCAGAAAAUUUUGAUUUUUUUUCCCAGCAAUCAUAAGUUGAAAUCCCUAUGUAAAUUGUUCAUAUUAUUGUAGAUGAUGCCCAAUUUAGGGAUCUCAAACAGUUUUACUGAUAUGCAAACUAAAAAAAGAGGAUUAAUAAAUGAGCUUGUUAGAGAGAUUA